UCUACAUCAGCUGACUGCCACAAGUUAGCUGACCGGUUUAUAGCCAGCUCAGCACAAACAAACCUUCAGCAUGAUAUUAUUCUUCCCACACUGCCUUCAAGCUCUCACAAACCACGAAAAGUCCACAUGUUUUAAGACGCAGCAGAAGUUAAUGGGAGUUAUCUUCUAACCGUCAACAGAGAGGAAGAGUUAACGUCAUAGCGAACGUUAGCGAGCUCCCGGAAACAGUUAGCCUGUCGAGCUAACUACACCGAAUAGUGGGCUAACUAGCUAAGCAAGCCGAUGUAACGUGAAACCAUGGAGGGGAUUCUCUACAAAUGGACAAAUUACAUGACAGGUUGGCAGCCUCGCUGGUUUGUCUUAGAGAAUGGAGUCAUCUCGUACUAUGACAGCGAGGAUGACGUCGGUAAAGGAAGCAAAGGAUCCAUCAAGAUGUCUGUGUGUGACAUUAAAGUUCAUCCGACAGAUCCAACUCGUCUGGAGUUGAUAAUCCCCGGUGAACAGCAUUUCUACGUCAGAGCUGUGAACGCUGCAGAGAGACAGAGGUGGCUGGUGGCUUUGGGCUCGUCCAAAGCUGGAACACUGGACAGCCACAAACACAAAGGUCCCAACUGUCUGAAGACAAAGAUGUCUGAGCUUCGUCUGUACUGUGACCUCCUUGUCCAGCAGGUUCAAACGAUCCAGUCACAGCACACUGCAGACACAGAGGCCCCACCCACCUCUGAGGCCUCUCUCCUCAGUGCAACCUGUGCAACUUUCAUCCGGACUCUGGAGGAGUGUAUGAGCCUCGCUAACCAGAGUCUGACCCCCGAUCUACGGCCCCCUGAAAGGAUGAAGAGGUCAAUCAGCCACCCUGGGACGUACAGUUUCGACAGGUCAGGUGUUCUCAAGGAGUACUUGAGUGGAGGUCAGAGGUCAAGUCAGCGCAGGAACCGGACUUGCUCCGACAGCUCUGUUUAUGAUUCUGAACGUGUGCUGCCUGGUCUCAAUGGGGACUCAUCCUCCAUUCCUGAAGAAAGAGGAGGCAGCGUGAGUACGAAGACCACACCCACUGACACAGAUACUGACCUAUCCAUCUGAAGACCACACGUCCAUCCAAACCUGCUGAACUCUCUGAAUAGAGUGAUCAUCUCACUGACUGUAGAGAUUCUGGGGAUGUCUUUGUUAAACCGGGUAUGAGCUGACCUCCUCUAGGAUCAUCCAUUCUUGUGCUUUUUAUCUGACUGCCAAACGUGGACCUUUGAAUCAAAAUUAAUUUUUCCUUUAGUCUGAAGACACUGGAUGGAAAGACCAAUACGACUGCAGUGAAGAAUCUCUAUCGUCUGAGACACUGUGAGUGGAAAGUAAAUGAAACUUCAGCUCAGUGAGAGGUGAUGCUGUAGUUCUGUCAUACGUCAAAAGUGGGCACCAUUCACACUCCUGAAGACGAUGGAAACCAAAAGAAGACUGUGACUGAUAGAAGGCAGCUAUAUGGCAUAGUGUGAAUAUGACUGACUAUGAGUGUUAGACAGCUUGAAUGCUAGGGUUGAUCGUUCACUGCUUUUAAUGGACUCGAAAAGUGGAGAAAUUUUAUUACAGAGGUAUUGGUGGCCAAAACUGAUGAAGUCAAAGAAAAUCUUCUUUUCAAAGUAUUUUUCUGCCUUUUCAAAUUAGUCAACAUCCCUUUAUUUUUCUUAAAUGCCCAGGUAUCUUCUACGUUCUUCUUCUUUCAGGCCUCCAUUUUUGUGCUUUCUUGCUGAAAGCAAAAAAAAAAAAAAAAAAAAAAAAGUAAGAAUCCGUCCUCCUUUCUGUUGACUUCUUGUCUUUGACAUCAAGAGCAGCACGGACUUAUGAAUCAGAAUAUAUCUGAGGAUGAAACUGAUCCUCGAACACUUUCUCAGCAGGUAAAUGAGGCAUACCAAUACUUGUUUUUUUAGAUGCCAAAGUUUGCACAAAUGUAAUGCUUUACAUUAAAUAUGCCAUCAGUCUUGUUUCCAGUCAAGCCUCUUUCUGGCAGUCCUGCUUUUUGUGCUCAGAAAGAGAAGUAUUUUGGUGUUAAAAAACUGGAGACAGCAGGGCGACUUCAGUUUGGCCUACAGCUCUUUGCCCGAGGAGUAUCCUGUGUUUGUUCCUGCUGGCUUGUUUUUCUUCUUGCACUUCUAAAAAGACUCCGAUCAGAUGUUGAGUCUCAAAGGCCUUUUUAAGACUGUCAAACAAAAUUGUAAUUUUUUUGUUGUUAUGUAGUUUUGCUUGAACAUAAGAUUUUAUGUAGAUUCACUUUGGAAAUUCUUUGAAGAAAACAAACAUUAACUGUGAUUUGUGCAGGAUGGAUCCUAGCCGCAUUUGAAGCUGGUUUGAAAUGUUACUGUCAACUGAUUUUUACUGACGUAUCUCACUCUUAUUGACAUUUAAUUUGGAUAUCCAGGAGUCUGUGAGCAACUGGCAUGAAAACAAAUGUGAAAUGCCCAAUACCCAUGAAUCUGUGCUGUGGCGGAUUAGUACCACACGUAUGCACAAUGACUUAACAACAUUCAAUAACACAUACUACAUUAUCACAUCUACUGUUCAAAAUACGUUUAUGGAAUCUAGACACAAAUCUAACCUAAUCACUUGCAAGUGACAGUGCAAACAGUCUUUAAGAUGUUAUUUAAGAGAAAAUCAGAUGUGCCUGCACUCUGAACAAAGCCUGAGGUAUAGAGAGGUGUGAAUGUGAGGGAGUUACUGCCUUUGAGUGUUUGUAUUUCUUCAGACUUUUUAGUUGUAAUCUUCAGCCAAACAUGACGCAACAAGUAUGGUGGCCCUGAGGUAAAAGACGCAUUGCAAACACAAAUAGACUAACACAAACAAAAGCUGAAGAAUACAAAUUCAUUAAAAUAUGCUGCAGUUAUGUUGUCUAUUUAAUGUGUGUGUCUUGUAGUUGAUGGUAUUCUGUGAGUUUACACAUGUUCUGUGUAGCUGCAGUGUGUGGAGAUCUCAGGGUCACAGUGAUUGAGAGCUUAAUGAAAAAGGUUUAAAAUGAGAGUGAGUUCAGAUGAUGCCUUUGUCACAUGUGGCGGUGUGCAAAUUUGUCAUGUUUUAUAGUCUGUGUAUGUUUGAGUACCUUUUCUAUUGCCAAAGCAAACAACUUAGCAUUUUAGUGUUAUUUCUUUGCUUUUCUUGUUGCAUAACUGAAUUAGCAUUCACUGCUUGAAAAACAUGGUUUUCAUUAAAGAAAACUACAAGCCUUUUGUGAUUUAAAGAAAAAUCAUAAGUCAUAAUUUUUUUUUGUGAUUUUUAAUAGUGAGAGCACAAGUGAACGUUAGUUUGCUAGCUGCUCCUUAGCUCUGUUGUAUGUGGUGUUAGUUGUGUCUUAAAAUUAGCUGAUAGGCAUUUUAAAGCUCCCAUGUGGAAUUUUUAACUGGUCAUGAAUUAAAACAAAAAUGAAUGCUGUAGACUUGAUGAGCAACAAAAGCAGACAACACUGUCAGCAUCAACAUUGACUACUGCCCUAGGGUUACAGUAGGGUUGUAUUUUAUGCUUGAAACUGAUACUGUGGGGUAGGUGUUGGACAUAGAGCUUCACAGUAUACUGACAAAAUGAACUUUGCACAUUUUCCACAGCAAAGUUCUUGACAAGUGAUGCAUUUGCCAUUUAAUAUAAUGAAUAAAAACUAAUGUACAAGUCACAUGUACGUGACCUGUACAUGACAAAUCAGUGAAAACUUCUUUUUUUUCACUGUGGCAUCAAAAUUGACCCAAACUGGAAGAGCCUCACUGGAGCUUUUAAACAACAAGCUAGCCAAUUUAAAGCUUAACCUUGGUAGUCUGGCUGAAUCAGCUGGCACACACAAAAAGUGUUUUGUUAAGUUACUUAUAACGCUAUUCUUAAGCUAACUAAGCAAGCUAACCUAACCUAUAAAGGCACAAGAGCUUCCUCUUAUUUAAAGAAUGUCUACCAGAGUUAACCCUAAUUGUCCCCUUGUUUUUGAUCACAUCAAAGCUAUUUUUAGCUUUGGGUUUAACUGUGAGCUGGCUGCCUGCUCAUUAAGUACCUGAUCGGAGUCUCAUUUCUAAGCUAACUUAAGCUAGUACUGCACAUUGUUGAUUUUGUAGGUAUGCGUCGUGCUCUGCUGCUUGAUUUUGCUCCAAAUUCUGUAUCAAACACAGAGUUAAUAACCGUGAGCACGUGCAAAAGACGUCAUCUGAACAUUAAACAGUCGUCCGUACUGAGAAACACCGGAUGCGUGUUCUGACAUGAGAUAAAACUGUACACGUGAUUCAACAGAUUAGUUUUUAAGGACAGAUGUGCUAUGAUGUGGUUUAGAUAGAGAACCACCACCUGUAAAACCAACACUUAAAGGUGACAGUCUCCUUCAUUAAUUAAGUAUAGGCCAAGACAUGUGCACAACACAUCUGAAUUGACCUUUAGGGUGCACUCACACUAGGCUGUUGUACCGUGUCGUAUUUUAACCUUGCUAAAGUCCAUUUGACCCCCUCCCCUGUCCCCCCUUUGGCGUGCAUUCACACUGCUCAAUGCAUCCAGGCCUGAGCACGGACACGUCACGCGCCAACGUCAUCACACGAAGCAUCCACUUUUGAUGACAUUGGCGCGUGACGUCAUCGUCAUCACACGAAGCAUCUACUUUGAUGAAUUUAUAUGUGUUGAUGACUCAAUAUACAUAAGUGUUGUUUUUUUGGCUGUAAAAUAGCAACAGAUAUGAUCUCUGAUCUGUCUGAGUAUAUCUGAGUUAUUUCAGCUGACCUGGGAUCAGUAUGAUACGUUAACUAUUCAGAGCCGAGUGAAGAGAGAGAGAAAGCGGUUCACAGCGGAGAGUUAUCCCUCACAGCAUAUAUUCUGGAGCAUGAACAGAGUUCCAGGCACUUCUGCUGAAUGAAACCUGGACUUUUUAACUCGUAUGAGCCCCUACAGUCAUUCCUCUGCGUGUCCGUGUACUAUCUGAACCCUCGGGCAUUCCUUUAUGUGCCAUGAACUGUGCCAUCCUUCUGCAUAAAUUUGGAUGACGUUCAGUGCUGCGCCAAACAAGCUCUCAUGUCAUUGGACAGCCUGUGUCCAGAGCAGGAUUAAAUGUUCAGUUAAAAGUUUUUUUUUGUUGUUGUUGUUUUUUAAACCGCGACGAGCAAUUUUUAUCAUCUGAUGAGAGCUGGAGGUAAAUACACCACAGGAUUAGUAAACGACGUUCGGUUCAAACGUCAGUGACCAAGACCACAGUUCGACUUCUUGAUAACAUGAAAUAGAAUUAAAGGUAAGUUAAUUCAGUGGAUGAUAGAAUGGCAUUUUAAUUUUAUUAUAAGAGAGGUUAAAUCAGCCGUGAGAUUAACCCCAGCACACACUUGUCCGUGUAUUCGGUACUCUCCUUUACGCACAGAGGAUGAAAGGUGUGUGUUAUCCUGUGAGCUGCUGUUUGUGGCUCAAUCAAGGGAAGAAGCUUUAUUUCACAAACCAAAAAAAACCUCUCACAGCCGUUAAAGCCUGACUUUGCUAGAAACUGGUCAGAAAUGUAAACAGGACUAGGAUCUAUUAGAACGAGGUUGUAGUGGAGCUGUUCAAAGUCCUGGUGUGCUCUCUGUGCUCUGAGGCAGAUCCUUUUGUUGUUACUUCACGUUGCAUCACAUUCCUGUGCUAGUGCUCCUUCAUUUGCAUCCGUGCUGUGCCUAGGCCCACCUUGUCCUUCCGUGCCCGCAAAGUGUGCAACACUGAAGCACAGAACGAUUGCACUUACACCGGCAAAGCGUACUGGACUUUAGGCUGAAAUGGGCACAGGCACGGUACGGAUGGCCUAGUGUGAGUGCUCCAUUAAGAUCCUUCAUAUUAACCUGUUUAUGAACAUGGGGAAUGAUGCUAAAUCAAAGAUCUCUUAAAAGAAAAGCAUUUUUUAUACAUAUAAAAUUUCCCCUUAUAGCUGUUUUUCAUUUCUUUGACAAUCGUCAGUAAAUGAAAUAGCACCAAAUGGACAGUGAUAUUCCCCCAAUGUUAAGUGUGCCAAUGGGGUUGUUUUGCACUUUAGAGUGAAUUUAAUGUUAUUCUUUUUUUGUUUUCUGUAAAAGGAAACAAUGGUACUAUGGCUAAUAACAGUGGUGAUGAUUGUAAACCUGAUGUUAAUAUUAAGAAAAGAUUUUCUCUCUAAGUUAAGUUAGUGUCUUGUUUUUUUAACAGCCUUAUGUGUACCAGUCACAGUAUGUAAACCUACAUAGCUUCCUUCUAUCACUUUUACCAAAAUGUGCUUUUAGGAUUUGUUUCAAAUUUGCUGAUACUGUUGAAAAGUUCCUUCACUUUCUCUGAAAACUGUGAUGAAAUGUUUCUCCACAGGCUGCUGGUUGACUCCAGUAAAAUAAAGAGUUAAGUAUGUAAUAUUUUAUUUCCACAUGCAUGUCAGGUUCAUAAUUAGCUUCUUAUGUCAAAUGACUCAUGGUUUGAUGAUGAUGAUGAAAAGCUUAUCACAAUUCGCUAUCCAUAAUUUAUAGUUUAUAUCCAUGUUGCCUCUCAGAUUAUUUUGUCUACUGGUGAAAAAAUAAAGAAAUAAAUAGAAGAAUGAAUACAGUUUGCAUAAGAGUGAGUAAGGCAAUUAUAUAUAUUUUUUGAUGAUUUUUAAUGAGCAUUAGUGAGAAGACAUGAAUCAACACAUACAAACAUGUAAAAGGUAGCAUGAGCCUUAUUGGGUUAACACUAGUGUCUUUCAUGUUUAAUUUUUAGAAACAGAUUUACAUAUAGGCUGCAACUGUUGUUUAACGCACUCUGGGUAGUAAUGCUGGGCAGUUAAUUGAGCUUCAAUUUCAAUUACAUUUUUGCAUCCCACAAUAAUGAAAAUAACACAGUAGUCAUUAAAAAACCACUAUGACACAUGCUGUGUUUCGUGACUUUUGCAACAUCACUACCCAGAGCACAGUGCACAAUAAUGGCUGCCUACACCUGAAUCUGUUUCUAAAAUUUCCUCCAAAUGCAGAAAAAAAAAGUGUGUGUCUUUGUACAACAUACACAUAAAAGGUUCCAAUGUUACUCUAAUGUUGUCAGCGUAUCUUCAUAUGCAGGGUUCAUUCUAGUGUGCUAACCUUUAUCAUUGUUUAUGAUAGAAAAGGUUUUUCACAGAUAUUUAAAUGGCCAUAAAUAAUGUGUAAAUUGGAACAGUACAUCUAAAUUAUUGACUACUCGAGAUGUUGGUAGAAAAAUGACACAACCCUUUAAAGACUAGCUGUUUACCCCUGCUAUCAGUAGCUAAGCAUUAAGAUAACCUAACACUAUCUAGAUUCAUAUGAAUGUUCAGAUGCAUUAUUGGACUCAGUUUAAUUUUCUAAGAAUGUGUGCUUUACAUCAGGCUUUGAGGAAGGGCAAAAAAUUGAAUUAAAAUGGCUGAUUUAUGAUUAAAUAAUGUUUUCUGCAAUGACUUUUUUCUUUUGUAGAUUUUAGUUUUUGGACAGACCAGCACAGAGAUUUUUCAUGCCUUAAGUGUCUCUGCACGGAGUAAUGUAUGUGGUUGUAUCUGACUUUUCAUUGUCUAAAUAAACAAAAACCAAUGGU